ACUUGGAAUUUCAAGGGUACUCCAUUCAAGCAGCACGAUUUCUAUUUGAGUUAAUUUCUCGGUGCAGCUGGCAGUCUUUUUCUACUGUCACUGUUUGACAGCUCAAUGACCUGGCAGCAGGCAGCAGGGAGCAGGGAGUAUUCAUAUUGGUUCUGUUGUGACCCAAGCUAAUUGCCGUGGCAACGGCUUGUGGCAAAGCAUAAACAUUGAAUUGGUCAAAUUUGUGAACAGUUUGCAGUUAAUCGUUGAGAUGCCGUUGUUCAACAAGAAAUUCGAGUCGAAGCCCAUUCCAGCUCGUGCGAAUCGUUGUAAUAUUGGGUUUCCCGUUGUAAACGAGGAUAUUGACGAUUUUCGAAAUAUCUCCCUGAGUUUGGGCAACAAAGAGCUGCGCUUUGCUGACGGCAUUUGGAUGCAUUCGGCUCGCAAAGGGGAUGUGGAUGACAUGCUGCGUUUGAACAAGAAAUUUCGUGCCCUAGAGGAGGAGAAUAAUAUGUGCAAUUUGAAGAUCGAGGUCAUGCUGGAUUUGCUAGCUGAGCAUGCCACGGAGCUGAACGAGCUGAAGCCGAAGGACAAGUAGGUAAACUUCAAAUCGCCCGCGUGUCUAUAUUGAAGUCUAAUAAAGAGUGGAUUUUCUAUUCAAAUAUAAACUGUGAUAUUUAAAUCCCGAUAAGAUAGUUCAAAAAACUCUCAAUACUAA